ACCGAAAGCCUGUCGGGAAGUCCGUGGUUAGUCGUGACCGCCAUGACAGCUGAUGUCUUUUCCAGCGCUUGACGUUUAGUCGGAUCAUGACAUUUUGCGAAUUUAAUUUUGACAAAUGGCAGACUCUUUUUUCGGAUUUGACACAUCUCUCGCUGGUGAUGGCCUAGAAGAUGGAUUUGAUGGACCAUUGGAAGAUGAAGAUAUUAUUGGUGAAGAAGAUGAAUAUGAUGCAUUGAACGAUGAAACAUUCGGAGCGGAAGCAACAGGUGGAGAUUGGGAGCAAGAUCAUGAGAAAUUGGCCCGAAUCACCGAGUCCUGUAGACAGCAGCCGCCCAGCUUACCUUUACACCGGAAUGGCAUUGAAAUAGAUAUCGAAGAUAGCUUGUCACACUUGGUACUAGAUGAUAGAGAUGGGACAACGCCACGACCAGGUGUUUGGGACAGCCCAACGAGCUUUCCUAUGCCGAGAAUUCAACAGCGUCCUUCGAUUUCAUCUACCCUUAAAAAUGUCUGCACUGUUGAGGAAUUGGAGCGAGGUCUCAUCGCUAGUAGACCGCCUCCAGGUCUUGCUAAACCUCUACCUCCUCAACUGCAUCUCCAACAACACCAUCAACAACAACAACAACAGCAGCAGCAGCAGCAGCAGCAGCAGCAGCAGCAGCAGCAGCAACAGCAGCAGCACCAUCAUCAACAGCAACAGCAACAACAGUUACACUAUCAGCAACAGCAGCAACAGCAACAACAACAGCAGCAGCAGCAGCAGCAACAACAACAACAUUCAUCAGGUGGACCAUUCUUGUUCGAUUCCGUACCAUUGGGUGAACUUCAAAUGAAAGGCCUACCACCUCCUCGUUUUCCCCCAGGAUUAGGCCUUCCAGGUCCUCGUGUCAUCUUACCUCCUCAAGUGAGACCACCACCACCUCAGUUUAUGCAGCACCACAGACUGCUUCCUAAUCAACAAGGUAACAUGCUAAGGUACCCUAUGCCUCCUCAUUUGAUGAUGCCACCAGGAGCUCAAAGGCAGCCUCCACCACCUUCAUUUCGUAAUAAUUAUCCUCAACCACCUUAUCCAGGACUCCCUCCACCUCAAUUACUGCGUCCUGAACAAACGAUGAUGCCGCCAUUUGCUAACAAUCAAAUGAACCAUCAUCAACAGCACUCUCCCCAUUCAGGAAAUCAGCGAACAGUUCAGAACAAUCGACCGUUCCAUUCCAAUGACCAGCCAUCUGGUCAUCAACCACCUACUCACCAGCCAUUUUUCAAGAACAACCAAUACCCUCAUCAUAAUCACAACCGAAAUAAUCAACGGUAUCAUCAACAGCACCACUAUCAAGGUAUGAAUGGAUCGAGUGGUCCAAUGGGUGACUACGAUGAGUACGCCGGCCUUAUGAGUAAUCGUGAGAAACAAUGGCUGAUCAACAUCCAGCUGUUGCAACUGAACACCAACCAGCCAUAUGUCGAAGAUUAUUAUUACACUGUAUUUUGCGACAGGCAAAACAAACUGAACGAAAAUCAGGAACACAAGGACAGAAGGCAUCAUAACAACAAUGGCCACCAUAGAGAUUCCAGGGAUAGAGAUCAGCAACAACAUAUACUGACAAAGGUAGUUUACACGCCCAUGCAGUUUGAAAAUUCGCUUGGUAAGCUUCAAUGUGGUAGUGUGACUGCUCCUCGCAAGAUAAUUGACAUGGACGUGGUUCCAAACAACGAUCCUCAGCAAGCACCACAUUCACAACAGAAAGACUCGAAAAAAACACGUCAACUUCUACUAGAGAUCGAAAGAUUGUACACGUUGCAGUUAAAGCUCGAAGAUCUGACUAAUCCUUUAGCUCUAUUAGCAGCAGCUGAACAGCAACACCAACAACAGCAGGAAGGAGAAGGAGAAAAGAAACCAAUCAAAGAGUCCAAAGUUGAACUGAUUGGCAAACUAAUAGCUUCGUUUCUGCAAAUAUUGCGAAAUGAUAAAUUAGCCGCUUUGCUCAGCAUUCGCAAAGGAAAGAUGUUGUUACUUCGACUGCUGCCACACAUGAGCGUAACUGAAUACAGCUCUCAGCUAGGCGAUCUGUGGACUGGAUUGGUUCGUGGAUUGGUAGUUAUAGGGCGCAGGGAUUCUCAUUUACUGACAAACUUUUAUCCUGAAUUUCGAAGGUGGUUACAUACCAUAACUGAUUUCGGCUCUGUUCUACGCCUAGCGAAGGCAUUGGUUGAGUCAGCAUCUCUACCACUAAAAAACAACAGCCUAGCAUUUGCUUUAACAAACAAGUUUGGAGUAUCGGUUAUAGCCUCGGUGUUAGAACAAGCUGAAACAUUAUCUCCAGUUGAGGAUACGAUGGCUGGCGAUUGGUCAACUUUUGUUAUGACAUUAGUGGAGACGAUCGGAGUCACGCCUCCCAGCGUUGCACCAUGUGAACCGAUUGCAGCUAAUACUCUUAAUCAACAUUUAAACAGGAUUCAAUCAUUGAAAAUUGAAAGGUAUGCACCAUUGGAACUACUGUUGACCGAUGCAAACCCUUCACGAUAGUCUUAAUUUUAAAAUAUGUAAUUUGAGAAUUUUUUUUCUCGUUCUUAUUCUUUUUUUUCGCGACUUUCCGUACUACUUUCUAAAACUAAAAUGGGAAAUGUUGAAGGGUCAGUGUUUUUGUUACCUCUGAGUGAUCUUAGCGAAUACAUAGGUAAUACUGGAUAUCAUAAACCGGUGUGAAGUACAGUGAAAUGCAUUUUACGCCUAGUUUGAGAUAGUGUUGAAAAAAAAUAUUCUCUUUUCUAAAAGAUAUUGAAACACAGACAGUUGUGUAUAGCUGUUGAUAGAAUUUAUAUUAAUGCUGUUCAAACUAUCUUACUUUUUUAUGACAAAAUAGCAAAAUCUGCUAGUUACUCCAUAUCGGAGAUAUAUAUAUUUAGAAGAAAAAAAGUGAGAAAAUAAUGAUAAUUAUCCACACUGUUUGUACUGAUAUCCAGUGGUCCGGCUGAAAAUUUCGAACAAAUAUUUCAAAAUUGAUACACCUUCGUCUUCGCUCUAAAAAAUAUGUAUUAAUGUAUUGAUGGACUAAAAAUCAAACAAUUGAAUGAGAGUUUUGAUAUAAUCGAAAAAAUCUAUUUGUUACCUCUCACGUUUUUUAAUUUAGGUAGCAUAAGUCACAUGACGCUUAACGGCCUUUUUUUUCCUAAUAUAAUUUUUUUUCUAGUAAAACUUAGCUAUGCUAGUAGAUUGUACAAAACGUGUUGUAUUGGGACAACCAUUUCAAUCUCUGUUUUAAAUAGGGGCAUCAAAGACAAAAAAGGUCUCUCAAAAGAUCUAAGAUAAUGUUUGACUGAAAUAAUAAUAAUUAUCGUUGAAAUAUUAGCACUACGAGUAGAAUUAAUAAUUUUCAGUCUGUGAUUUAUGCUAUAUAAUCUCGAUAUCUGUAAGAAAACGGGUUGGGUGGAUUCAUCAAUUCGCAAUUUUAACUACCCAUAUUAUAAUUUCCGAAUAUGUGGGAAUGAAUGUCAGUAAUAAAUAUUGAACUGUAAAGAUUGUUCUAUUCAUACAGAGUGGCAAAACAAGCAGGGUGAGAUACGAAUAUUAUUUUCAUGUUACUUUUAUUAACUAUUAUUAUCAUAUACAUACAUUACGUAUUUACAAUACAAUACAAUAUAUUGAUUUGUGUCUAUAAUAAUUGAAAAGAUUUCAGUAAUAUUUUCACGAAUCACUUCAAUUAUUAUAUUAAUCAAUUUAACAUCCAUCAAAUUAGAUUUCUAAACUGUGAAAAAAAUUCCAAUCAAAGAAACAUCAUUUACGUUUAGACAUAUUCAAUAAGGCAUAAGUUUUGCUGAUUCAUGGAGGAAAAAAAAAACUUGAUCGCUGCCUCGGAUCGUGAAAUCUAUUUAAUGAAACUUUAUCUAAAUAAUCUUACUUAUAAAUUACCUGAUCAUAUUUCUAUGCGUUAAAGAUUCGAUUAAAAUCGAUAAAAUUAAUAUUUUCAACAUCCGAUACAGCGGUAGAUCCACAUGUACAUUAAUUGCAAAUAGUACACUAUUAUUUGUUACUAUUAAUUAUAAUAAUAUUAUUAUUAUUAUAUAUUAUAUAUGUGUAGCUUGUACAUAGCAUGAAACUGAUAAACGAACAAUUCCUAUGUUUUGUAAUUAGUUGCGACUUUUUUUUUCAUAAACAAGUUGAGGAAUACUCUUUCGCGAAAUGGUAACAAAAAUAUAAUAUCAAAGCAAAAAAAAAAAAAAUAAGGAAAAAUUAAAAAAUUAAAAAAAAAAAGACAGUUUUCUCUUAUUUUGUAAAACUUCGUUAAUAACUGUAUUGUUUAGUCAUUGAUUAGCCAAUGUUGAGUUAGAGUGUCAGAAAUAUUAAAAAUGAUGUGUAUGUGAAAAUGUAUAGGUAGAUCAACGUCUUACAAUUUACCAUCAAUUGACUUUUAAACCUAAACUAAAUUGUAAUUAUAUAAUCACUUGUAAUUGCGGAUUUAUAAGUAAGUAACGGGUAUUUACGCGUUUACACAUUUGAUUCAACAGGUGUUGGCGAAAAAUUGUCAAUGCUAAGUUUAAUACGUGUGUGUGAGUGCAUAAAGCCUACUCAACUACCUGAGAUUAUACGGUGAAUUGAAAUCAAAUUAUUUUUCCCCGUUUAUGUAUCGUUGGUCACUGGGAAGUUAAAAAUAGACACGAUUUGAAUACCGUACUCUGGCAAAUGAAUUUUACUCAAUAACCGUUUAACAUAUAUGUCCGUGAAAUUAUCGUACGAGGUAAUUCAAAGGCUUUAUUUUGUAAUGUGAACUAAACCGAAUACCCUAUUUUUAUUUUUAGUACAAUUGACAUCUAAGUGCGGCAGAGCCUUUCAAUUAUGCUUUGUGGUACAUCUUAAUUAUUCAUUCAAACACAUGAAUAUACUGUUCAAGUUCGAGCGUAUAAUGAGAGUACUCAUAAAAAAAUUAUAACAGAAAAAGGUAAACACAAAAAAAAGAGUAAAAGGCAAACAAAAAAAAAAAAAAAAAAAAUUAAAAGGUAAACAAAAAAAAUAAUAAAAAAGGCAAAAAAUAUAAGUCCCAAAGAAGUAGGGAACGUUUUUAUUUUUUAUCAUUCGUGCAAUCUGUAGACAAAUGCAUUUACUGCCAACACAAUGAAUAAAAUGUUUUAUUUAUUCCACAUUAAAUUAUAUACGACGCGUUCCGCAGAUUGCCCGGAUUUUCAUUACAUACGCAUCUAUACAAGAAAAACUGAAAAUGUAUAAUAUCGCAGUACAAGUCCAAAUUAGCCCUGUCAGUUACGCUAUAUUCUUCUUACAAUGUAACUGGGUGAUGAGACAUUGUGCGAUUUAUUAAUGAAAAAAAUAAAACUACUUACACUUUAAAUUAGUUUAGUAAUACUAUUAAUAUUAUUGACAUCAUCAUUAUUAUCAUUAGUUAACGUACGUUUUGCAUCAUUGUUUAAGUUAUGGUUUAAGCAUUCUGAUGAUAUAACUAUUAUCACAUGUUAUACUUGGUAAUUUACAUUGUGAAGUAGUAGCUUUAACUACUUAGGUGAAGUUCAACUGCAAAAGCUUUGCAAAUCUGCCGCACGCAAGUUAAUAUUAUCCAUGCCUUGACUCGUCCUAUUUAUUAAUAUGUUUCGAAAAUAGAGAGUUUUUGGCAAGAUUUAAGGCGAGAUUAGAGUUAAAGGAACGUCAGAAAAAGUAAUACUUGUUGAAUAAAAAAGAAAAAAAUUUUAAAAGCAAAUAGCUAAAAUGUAAGAAUUUGAAGGAAAAAAGUUGUGGGAUGGAUACAUAUUUGUUUGUAUAUUUUCUCUCAUACCUUGAAGAAUGAAAAAUUUAUUAGUCAAUAUUGAUCAGAACAUUGAUUAAAAAAAUGUAUGCAUAAUUAAAGUAAAGAAACCCAAAAUGGCGUAAAAUUUAGUUUUAGAGGACGAAAGAUUCUCUUUAAUUUUCUCUCAACAAUUAGAAAUAUAAUUUCAAUACAAUUAAACUAUCUACCAUACGUAUAACAAAGCCGAACGGAACUGAAUACUUGUGUUAAUAACUUAUACCACAGCUACUGUUAAAAGAAAAAAAAAAAGAAAUGAACGAAAAAAUCAUGUUCAAAUUACAUAACAUGGAGUUUA